AUGGCUGGUGAUGCUGUAGCGUCUAAAAUUCAACUGAAUCUGAAGGCCAGCAACGACGGGUCAAGGAAUACGUUCUUCACGAAUACCCACCUUUAUGUUUCGCUGCGACUACUCGAGGUGAUGUAUACGCGUCUUUUAAAGUUCCGAAACAUCUCGAACCAGCUUGCGACGGAGGGGCCACAAAGUAAAGCUCCCCUCAUUGUUACUGGACUUUCACCUCAGGCUACCGCUUUCAUCGAGAGCAUGGGCGAUCCUAAUGCGAAUGCGAGCCACUUUUACGAGUUGAUGCUCGAAUCUUGCGAACGCGUGUUUGAUAACGAAGUGGAGCAGGCAGCGUUUGAGGAACAGAUGCGGCUUAUGUUUGGAGUCAAGAAGAUCUUUACCAACGACAAGCUAAUCGGAUCGAUUAUCAAGCAGGUUCAAGUAAUCCUCGCCGACUCCAAGAGUCAAGAGCUGCUAGAAACUCUGAAGCGAGACCGAAGUAUUCCUUCAUUCACGACGCAAGACUACCUAAAUAGUCAGCAUAACGCUGAAAAGGUGCUUGGGCCGGACGAGAAUCUGUUCCGUAUCGACUGGGCGUACACUAAAUCCUAUGCUCAGACUGGUCCGACCACCGAUGUUCACCAAACGAAGAUCAGGCGACCGUUCCUACGAAAAAAUCUACCGACGACUAUUCCAACCGAAGCAAACAUCAAGACAAGUGACGGCUUGAAGAUCAAAGUGUGCGUUCGUACAUACCGUCUGUUCUUCGUGUCGGAUUCGGAGGAUUAUUUGCCAAUCUUCAUACCCUCUUCUGAUAGUUCGAGACCGUUGACCCAAGCCUACCUUAAGAAAUGGCGCGAGUGGUUGGGGGACAUUGACGUCAGGGAAAAGAGAAAGGAGGAGAACGCGUACCAUGAGAGAGAGAGAGAAAUAAUAAUACAAGAGACGGAAGGACUCCGGCGAGAGGUAGAAGCAGAUAGGCAAGAGACUGAAAGGAGAAGAUAG